AAACUCAAAACACUGAGUAGUAGUGAAUGAGAGAGCAAAAUGAAUGAAAUGGAGGAGUUGUUCGGAGAAGCCAGAAGAGCAGCCGAUGAUUUGUACCAACUCCGAGACACGUAUUUUCCGGCGAAUCCAGCUGAAAAAAUCUCCGAACUGCAGCGGAAAUCAGAUCUCGCUCUCUCGCUCCUCGAUUCCCUUCCUCUUGAACAAAGGAGAUUACCAAUACAACGUGGGACUUAUGAAUUUUUGAGAGGAAAGAUACUGGAUGUAUUUCCUGAUUAUAGGAAAGAAGCAGAAGAUCAUCUCUCUAAAGCUGUUAAGUUGAAUCCAUCUCUUGCAGAUGCUUGGCUAUGUUUAGGUAACUGCAUUUGGAAGAAGGGAGAUCUAGCUUCAGCAAAAAACUGCUUCACUCUUGCACUCGGCAAGGGUUCAAACAAGGAGAUACUUUGUCAAUUAUCAAUGCUUGAAAGAAGGAUCGCUCCAGGUUCUGAAAAUCAAGCAGAAAUUGUUGAAGAAAGCAUCCAACAUGCCAAGGAAGCUAUUACUUUGGACGUCAAGGAUGGAAAUUCGUGGUACAACCUUGGAAAUGCUUGCCUCACAAGUUUUUUUGUGACUGGAGCAUGGGAUCAUAGCAAGCUUCUGCAAUCUUUAAAGGCAUACCAAAAUGCUGAAAAAGAUGAAAGGAUGAAAUCCAAUCCAGACCUGUAUUUCAACUGUGCCACUGUCAACAAAUAUCUAGAAAACUAUGAGAGAGCCCUUAGUGGCUUUGAAGCUGCUGCCUUAAAGGAUCCUGGUCUAAAUGCUGUUGAGGAGGUUCAAAAGAUUGUUGAUCUUCUCAACAAGUUAGAGAGCUUGUUGAAGGGCCAGGCUAGGGCUAAACGACAUGCGGCUUUAGCAUCCUCACGAGCUGCUGACAAUUUGAAUCCUUCGUACAAAAGAAUCACCAUAGAUAUUCUGUCAGAGGGUCUGAACAAAGCAGUAGCAAUUGUGGGGAAAGUUCUUCUGUUUGUUAAGCAUGAGAGUGUUGCUCCAUUAUACUAUUUGGUAUGCGAUUCAAAUCAAAUAUGCUAUGUUCUCUCAGUGUAUGGCAUAAGCAAUGAUGCGAUUAAAGAAGGAGAUCAACUAACGCUAUUGGAACCUUAUUACCGUCAUGUUGAUUUUUCAUGGAAGGGAAAGUGUUACCAGUUCAAAUCAAUUCGUGUGGACUUCUUAGAACAAGUGCUUGUUAAUGGAAAAGCUCUGGCUUGUCAUCAGGCAGUUCGGACUUCAAUUUAUGCACAACACAAACCAUGAACAGUGCCAUUUUUUUUUUCAAGGAGUGCUUUUUCUUUGUGUACUUGUGGUGUUUUGUUACUGUCUCAUUUAUUUGAAAACUGUAUCAUAUGUAAAUAGAUUAGGCAACAGAAGGGAAAAACAUAAUUUCUUUCCUCAAAUGAAAUGCCAUUGAUGGAGAGCAUAAGUACUAUACUUUUUACUGGAUUCUGCAUUUGUUUGAUUCAUUUAUUGAUUGGUGUUUUCUUUA